AUCUUUAAAACCCCAUUUUCCAGUGAUACUGCACUAACACAUAUUUGUUUUAGUUUUGUGUGUGUUGUUGUCCUCUAUUCCUGACGCAUCAAUUCAGUACAUUUCCUGGCUGAGAUUAUUGCGAGAUCGUAGGUCAGGAGGAUGACUGCUCGAGUGCGUUUCUCGUUGAUUGCCGUUUUAUCAUGUCUGUUCGGAUACUUGAGCAUAACUCACGCUAUUCAAAGACGAGCCACAGUGGGUGGUUUCUGUCCAGUGACACUGACUGUUGUGCCAUCCCGUCGAGGAUGUUCUUCUGAUGAAGAAUGCCCUGGAGGACACAAAUGCUGUCAAUUUGACUGCGGGCCUGUUUGUGUACUACCGGUUUCCUUGAAGCCAGGUCAAUGUCCCCUACCGGAGAUGAUUCCACAGCGUGCUGAAGGCUGUCUCCGUGAUAGCCAGUGUCCUGCCACACAGAAAUGUUGCCCGGUCACUGGUGGCUUUGCAUGCAGUGAACCACGUGGUCAGGGCCAGGGAAGCGGCCAGGGAAGCGGCAAGGGCCAGGGUAGUGGCCAAGGCCAGGGCAAGGGCCAGGGUCAGGGAAGCGGUCAGGGCCAGGGUAGUGGCCAAGGAAAGGGUCAGGGUCAGGGAAGCGGCAAGGGUGAGGGCCAAGGAAGUGGCCAGGGUAGCGGCCAAGGCAAGGGCCAGGGUCAGGGAAGCGGCCAGGGUCAAGGAAGCGGCCAGGAAAGCGGUCAGGGCCAGGGUAGUGGCCAAGGCAAGGGCCAGGGCCAGGGAAACGGCCAGGGUCAAGGAAGUGGUCAGGGCCAGGGUAGUGGCCAAGGCAAGGGUCAGGGCCAGGGAGGCGGCCAGGGAAGCGGCCAGGGUCAAGGAAGUGGUCAGGGCCAGGGUAGCGGCAAGGGCCAGGGAAGUGGCAAGGGAAGCGGCCAGGGUCAAGGAAGCGGUCAGGGCCAGGGUAGCGGCCAAGGCAAGGGCCAGGGAAGUGGCAAGGGAAGCGGUCAGGGCCAAGGAAGUGGCAAGGGCCAGGGAAGCGGUCAGGGCCAGGGUAGCGGCCAAGGCAAGGGCCAGGGAAGUGGAAAGGGAAGCGGUCAAGGCCAAGGAAGUGGAAAGGGUCAGGGCCAGGGAAGCGGUCACGACCAUUGCCAGUGCCAAGGCAGCGGCCAGUGCCAGAGUUGUGAUUGUGGAGGUGGUUGCGGAUGUGGUCAUGGUGGGGCGUGUAACUGUUGAAAUGGUCAAGGGAAUUUUGCGGGGAAACUUACUGGCGCUCUUCUCAGUUUGGUGCUUUUAUUCUUAUGGAAUGUUUUCCCUGUUUGUUCAUGGUUUACAAAGACUUGUCCAUCCUCAAAUAAAAAAAUAAUUG